AAAAAAGGUUGGCCUUUUGUCGUAAUCGGUGUGACAUCUUUCCUAAAAAUUAUAUUAAAGAAUAGUAGAAUAAUUAAACACCAUCGCAUGGCGAAUUCAGCUACUUAAACUUAAAGCCCUAAGCAAAAGACCAAUUUUUGGUCUCGUGGGGGGUUUGGGACAGAUUCAGAUAGAGAGAGAAUGGAAGCCGUAGGUGUAGUUGGUAGUGGUGGACUAUGCGUCCCUGCGUCAUCCAUUAAUCGCUCAUCAACCCACACAACUUACAGCUUAUCCUUCGUCCCCGGCAAUAAGCUUGGCCUACGCAGUAGUCACCUAGCAGCAUUCCAUUCACCAUCCCAUCUUUUCUCUUAUUCCCCUUCACGUCCUUAUAAUGCUAAGCAUCGCAAGCCUACCAAAACCCAUAUCUUUCUUCCUCAUUUGGUUGCUUCCCUGGAACAGGUUGAAGAGACAUAUAUCAUGGUCAAGCCUGACGGCGUUCAACGUGGCCUUGUUGGAGAAAUAAUCUCAAGAUUUGAGAAGAAAGGAUUUAAACUUACUGGCUUGAAGCUUUUCCAAUGCCCUAAGGAGUUGGCAGAGGAACAUUAUAAGGAUCUCAAGGCUAGACCUUUCUUCCCUAAGUUGAUCAAUUACAUAACUUCAGGUCCAGUUGUGUGUAUGGCUUGGGAAGGUGUUGGAGUUGUAGCAUCAGCACGUAAGCUAAUAGGGUCUACAGAUCCUCUUCAGGCUGAACCAGGCACAAUAAGAGGGGAUCUCGCUGUACAAACUGGAAGGAAUGUGGUCCAUGGCAGUGACAGCCCUGAGAAUGGGAAGCGUGAAAUAGCUCUUUGGUUUAAAGAAGGUGAAAUAUGUCAGUGGACGCCGGCUUUAGCUUCUUGGUUUAGAGAGUGAUUUUCAAAGUACACUCACAUGAAGAGAUGUUUUUUUUGAAGAUUUUUCCUCUGAGCGCCUACAUUUUAGAUUGGAUCCAUUGUUUAUUUUCCAAUUUCAAAAUAAUACCAUUAUCAUUGCAUGAAUUUAGAUGCAAAACUUAUGAGAAAAGCAUACUGAGAAAAUUCAGAUCACUUUCUGCUUCCCAUGUACAAGACUUGUCAUCUUUGUUCUGAUUUCAGUACUCUGGAAGUAUGGAACUCAUAUUCAAUUGUGAUUCAUCAGUUUAGUGCCCCUAAAA